AUGCCACUGAAGAGGUCACCUCCGAGGCCGUUUGACGAGGAUGGUCCUACUAUAACACUCCCGCCACCUGUUGAACGCAGUCACCAGAGAUCGCGCACUACCGUCGAUCUGCCGCCGCUGGUCUCCCGAACUUCCUCCAGCUCUCCAAAUCGCUUGUCUACCUUUCUCCCCUCGAUCCGCUCUGCGAGUCGCAACGUCUCUCCCGAACGAGUCUCCCCGGACGAAGCAGCUGAAUAUGACAUAGAUGAAGCGGAAGGUACACAGCGACCCAAAACAAGUGCCGGUGUAGCCAAAAGCCUUGCCUCCUGGUUCGAGGGUUCAUCAGAUCCGGUCAACAUCGGUCUCGUGCAGUCCCCGAAGAAGGAGGAAGAGAACCCUAUCAGUCCUGAAGACGUCCAAGGCACCAUGUUCAGCAACAGCUCCGAAGCUGUAGACACAUUGACGAGUCGGCCUUCCAGACCUCAGUCGCAGCCGCGAGCAGAAAGCACCAGCCGCUUCAGCUUCUUCCGAAAGCAAGCUACGACUCCCAUCCUGGCGCCCGGCGAAAUCGAUAGCCUCUCCAGUCUGGACAUCCGAGAUGCUCUGUUCCCUGGUGGGCCAGCAGACGAGUUUUCGCCGGCCGCCUUCAAGAAUCUCCAGCUGAAUGCUGAGGGCACGCUAAGAAAAUUCCAAUUCGCGCACCAAGAGCAACAGAAGCAAAUUCGCUCUCUGAAGUCAACGAACACUGCACAGACUGACGACCUAGAGGCAUCUCAGAUCAGAAGUGAGCAUCUAAAGCUACAAUUGGUGGAAAUGGCAGAACGGGCCGCCGAGCAGGAGCGCCUCAUUACUUCGCUUCGGAACGAGCUGGCAUCCAUCAGCCACCCAUACUCGGAAGAGAGCUUCGAGCUACAGCAAUCGAGCGUCCGCAAAGUGCCGCAGAAUCUCGAUAUGUCACAGACCUACCAGACUUCUCGCUCAAGGCGAAAACGGGUCUCGGACGCUCCCAGCGCGACUUCGUCAGAGCCGAGCGAUCGGUUUAGCAUUUUUUCAGCCGAUCAGCGCUCACUCAACAAUUUUGUCGACUCGCCAGGCACAUCCGCCGCACCAAGUCCAGUCAUGAAACAUGCCAGUAUGCACAUUACAACCGUGUCUACGCCAAUGCAUCAGCACGAGCACACGGCGGUGUCAGUGAUCCCAGUACCGGAAUGCCAAAAAUGCUACGGCGUAAGGGCAGAUGAAGCCUGGGAUGUCAUUUCCAUGAUGAAGGUGGAGAGUCAGGCUUUGAAAGAAAGGAUCGAGGAGCUUGAAGGCGCCAACGGUCAAGCCCUCGAUUUGCUAGGCAGUCUCGACGGUCUCAGACUCGACGACCUAGGCCUGAAAUGA